ACAGUAGGAACUCGAGCUAGGGAUAUUCCGGCAGCAAAUGGCAAUGCUACGUACUGGGGGCCUUUGUCCCGGGGCGCAUCGAUACGUACGUGCGUGCUAUAUAUAAAUCCAAGGCAGCAGGUUAAGUUAUCCCCAACCCUGUGCUCUUCUUCUUGGUUCUUGCGCGACACGACCACGACGACGACGAUGAAAGCGUCGGCUCCAUUCAGCACGAGCCAGCCUCUUUCUUGUCGCACCCAUGGCGGUCGGCCGUCGUCCAUGUCCAUGUCUGCCGGCGCACGGACCGCAACAUCAGUGGGCACCAGCUCUAAGAGGCCUUGGUUCGGUGACCUCCUGGGGCGUCUGUCGUCCACGAUGGACGGAGCGUCCAGGGCCCUCAAGGAUGCGCCGCAGAGGUUUCUCGAUGCGCUGGUUGACGCAACCUUCAGAUUCACCGAUCAAGCUCUGAAUUCCGCCGAGAGCAAUUUCGCACCGGUCGAUGAGACUGGUGAAGCCAUAGAGAUACACCAGAGCCAGAUCCAAGGGGCGAUACCGGACGGUUUCCCCGAGGGGGUGUACAUCAGAAACGGUUCCAACCCGCUCUUUGGCGCCCUCCAUUCCACGUCCUCGGUCCUGGGACAGUCCAGGGAGAUCUGGGUCGAGGGGGAGGGCAUGCUCCACGCCGUCUACUUCACCAAAAGCAGCGCGGGUCAUCUAUGGUCAGUCUCCUACGCCAGCCGCUACGUGCAGUCCGAGACGCUGGAGCUGGAAACGGCGCGGCACAAACCUUGCUUCCUCCCUGCCGUCGAGGGCGACUCUGCAGCCAUCGUCGCCGCCUACGUUUUCAACUAUCUUAGGUUUGGCAAGGUGAGCAAGGACAUCAGCAACACCAACGUGUUCGAGCAUUCCGGCAGGGUGUUCGCCGUCGCCGAGAACUCUCUGCCCUACGAGAUCUGCGUAGGUAGCCUCGACACCAGAGACGCCUGGGACGUUGGUGGGGAAUGGGAUCGCCCCUUCACGGCUCAUCCAAAGGUAGCUCCUGGAUCAGGGGAGCUCGUCAUCUUUGGAACGGACGCGAAGAAGCCAUUCCUAGUAGUUGGAGUUGUCUCAGCUGAUGGAACCAAACUAAAGCACAGAGCUGACCUCAAGCUGGACAGGUGCACACUUUGUCAUGAUAUAGGAGUCACUCCAAAGCACAAUGUAAUCAUGGACAUACCACUUACCAUGGACGUCGGUAGAAUCGUCAAAGGCGGACAGCUGAUUCAGUUCGAGAAGGAAAGCUAUGCGAGAAUCGGGGUGAUGCCCCGCUAUGGCGACGCAGAUUCAGCUGUCUGGUUUGAUGUAGAACCGUUCUGCAUGUUCCAUCUUGUGAACUGCUUCGAAGAAGGCGACGAGGUCGUGGUACAGGCACUCCGUUCGCCGGACUCCAUAAUACCAGGCUCAACAAUUGCCCUCGACAAGCUCGACUCUGAAAUGCCUGAGGUUGCAGGAGAUGACAAGCCCGCGAAACGGCCAACUGCCGAGGAGUUUUUCUUUCGGUUGUACCAGUGGAGAUUGAACUUGAGAACAAGGAGUGUCUCAGGGGAGUAUCUAUCUGGGACAGACUAUUCGCUGGAGUUUCCGAUCAUCAGUAGCCAGUACACGGGCUUGCAGCACAGAUACGCCUAUGCGCAAGUGGUGGACUCCUGUGGCAAUUGUGGGAAAGUAAACCCAAAGUAUGGAGGAUUUGCAAAAUUCUACCUUGACGAGAGAAGCAACGCAGAGAUACCAGGUGCUAGCCUUGUAAAGACGCAAUACCAUUGGCUUGGUAAACACGAGUUCUGCUCUGGAGCAUCGUUUGUACCGAGAGCUGGUGGGUCACAUGAAGACGAUGGGUGGGUAGUUUCAUUUGUACAUGAUGAGGAAACUAAUACAUCUCAGGUGCACAUAGUUGAUGCGAAGAGAUUCGAGGAUGCUCCUGUCGCGAAAAUAACGUUUCCACGAAGAGUGCCUUAUGGCUUUCAUGGAACUUUCGUCAGUAAGAAAAUGAAUGAUGUAAUGUGAUUCCAUCAGAUGUUAAAUUUUGUUUUCUCUCUCUCUCUCUCUCUUGGAAGAAUACCUUGCAUUAGUAAUAUGCUCAAACAGCGCUUAUGCCUCAAAGAAAUCAAACUAAACGGUCUCCGAUUCACUUGGAGCAAUGAACAGAACAA